AUGCCAACAGCAGAACAGGACGGGUUGGAAUGGGCUGUAGCAGCCUUUGGUCUGCAGCCUCGCUGGAAAUACGAGCCAAAUAUCGAAAUAAUCGAACGACUCGCUCGCCAACAUCUGGCCAUUGACACGGACGACAAAUGCCACGUUUCUUUCCAUGCACAGGGAGCAUUUAACAAACUAUACCUCGUGCUUUCCACGCGCGGCAAAUAUCUGAUGCGCGUGUCACUUCCGGCCCACCCCCAUCAAAAGACUGAAAGCGAAGUCGCCACGUUGGACUUUGUCAGAAAAUACACUGAAAUUCCGGUGCCCAGAGUGUUUGCCUUUGACAGUUCCAACAACAAUGAUCUCGGAUUUGAAUGGAUUCUCAUGGAGCUGAUGCCGGGAGUCUCCCUUCUCCAGCGAUGGAGAAAACUGGGGAUGGGUGUUAAGGAGAAAGUGGUCAAACGCGUUGCUCUAUACCAGUCUCAGCUGCUCCAGGCUACGUCGAAUUUCAGAUCUAUCGGUAAUAUUUUUCCAGGUUCAGAUGGCCGUGGCAAGCUGGCAGGCUCAGAAUUCGAGAUCGGUCAGACCGUAUCCCAAAUAUUCUUCUGGGGAGAAAACAUCAAUCAAAAGGUUCCUCGUGGGCCAUUUGUCAACAGCCAAUCCUGGUUGCACGCCAGGCUAUCCUUGAUUGUGAAUGAGCAGGACCGAAUUAUCAAGAGUUUAACAAUAAAAAGUGACGGCGAGAACGACGAAGACGAUAUUGAGGAUGCCAAAAGCACCAAAAGGCUAGCGCAGACUCUUCUAGACGCACUUCCAAAGCGAUUCCCGGCUGAAGAACAAGCCAUCGAACAAACCGCCCUCUGGCACAGUGAUCUAUCUCUGCAGAAAAUCCUCGUCGAUGAAGACGGAGAAAUCACCGCCAUAAUCGAUUGGGAAUGUGUCUCCGUUGUCCCCACCUGGGCAGCUGCUCAGGUGCCACAAUUCCUGAUCGGCACAAAACGGGAUACACAGCCUCUUCGAGACGGGUAUCAGGACGGAGACGAAGAGGAUGAGGAAGAAGCGCGCGAGGAGGGCCUUGACAAUGAGGGUAAAAACGGAUUAUUUUGGAUUCACCUGCUGGAGUGGGAACAGACUCAGCUUCGCAAGAUCUACGAUGCGGAGAUGGAGAAGCUAUGGCCAAAAUGGAAGCAACUCAAAGAGGCUCCGCAAAAGGCUGACUUUGAGAAUGCUGUUGCUCGCUGUCCUACAGGCUUCGGGUCUGGCCUUAUUGGAGAGUGGCUGGAGGACCUGCAAGAGGGGAAGCCCUGGUGUUUGAGAGAUCAAUUCAUGGAGCCAUUUUAGUGAUCAAAAAUAAACAUGCUGUCGUAUGUUUUCCUUGUUUAUAUUGGUGGAAUGGAAUCUUUAAUCACAUAGAGCUUAUAUAUAAAAGUCAAGCAAGCUAAAAGUGACCCUUAACCAAAUCCUUCGCGGCUCUUACAACAUACUCAACCGCCUCAAACUUGUUCAACCCAGAGAUAUAAUACGUCCUCUUCUCCCCCUGAAGCUUCUCAAGCUUAUCAUACCACCCCUCCCUCAAAACCGUCGAGUUGAAAUGCGGAAAGUAAUUGGGAAAAUGUUCGAAAUCCUUGACAUCAUCUUCAGCAAGUGGCGUUGACUUUGCUGUUAUAUCACUCGGGUCCUUGUUGAUCUUUCCCAAGGAUUCAAUAACAGUACUCUUCACCUCGUCGGGUGUCUGGUCACCAGUAGCCCAUGCCCAGGUUAGGAAGAUGUU